AUGGGCGUUGAGAACUGCGUGGCGUCACAGCGUCGUGACCACACAGACGCGGUCUGUUCUGCGUGGGCGAUUGUUGGGUCACACUCGGGUCAAGUCGUUUGCGUCGAUAUACUGGCAGCCGGUCACGAGAUCUGGCGCGUCACACUGGAUGACCGAAUCGAAGCCUGCGCAGCUCUCAGUCUCAAGCACGAGAUCGUGUACGUGGGGACGUACGGAGGAACUCUAUUCGCUCUGGACUUGCAGACAGGUGGAACUCGUUGGACGUUUCAAGCCACAGGAGCGAUCAAAGCUUCUGCCGUCGUGAUGGAGCAACAAGAAUUGGUCGUGUUUGGGGCGUAUGAUAGCAAUUUUUACGGACUAGAGGCCGAAACGGGGCAAUUACAAUGGAAACUCGACGUUCGGGGCAGUCUUUUCUCGACGCCACUCUACUGCAAGUGGUCCAAGCAGCUUUUUGUCGCUGUCACGAACGGGAACGUCGUGUCGAUAACGUCAACUUCUGAUGAUAACUUCAGGAGCAUCCAAGAGCACUGGAGACUGCAACUUGCUGCCCCUGUGUUUGCAGGAUUAAAUGCCGACUUUGAACUCAAUCUGCUGCUUGUCGGGUGUGCCGAUGGGAACCUUUACGGUGUCACAAUGACGACUGGAGAAAUCCUGUGGCAAGUUGCUACCGAGAAGCCGAUUUUUAGCUCGCCGUGUGUCUAUCGACCUGGAUCUGUGGUGUUUGGGUCCCACGACGGCAUGUUGCGAAAGGUGGACUCCCGUACCGGAGAGCUCGUGUGGGCCACUUCUCUGAACGGCGCUGUGUUCGCAUCUCCCAUGGUUGUUCACCUUGUUGCAAACGGUGCUACUGAAGACGACAACUUGGUCUGCUGCGUGGCUACUACUACCGGCCAGCUGUGCUUUUGCGACGAGAGAACAGGAGCCAUAGUGUACCAGACUGGCGAUUCAACGGGAAAAGCCCCUAGCGACGCAAUCAGGACUGCGAAUGAGGGUGAUCUAGGCCCGCUGUUCGGAUCUCCCGUGAUUAUCGACUCUUUGUGUUUGCUGGGGACUCGGACGAAUUACUUGUACGGGUUGGACAUGAUAUCGACACGUCCUUAG